AUGGCAACUCCUUUCCAGCCACUACUAGGAAUCCGUGAUCUUGCUGAGAUACUUGAUUUACUAGAGAGGCAUCGUUAUUCUGGUGUCAGUUACAUGAGUUAUAAGCGGCUUGGUCUUUCUCUGGGUCUGAAUCGUAGUACGCUUGAGAGUAUUGAGUCUAAUUACAGAGGAGAUGUUAGUAGAUGUCUAACAGAGUGCUUGGUGGCAUGGUUGAGACGAGAAGGUAGUGUUGGUGUUCCAACUUAUGAUACAUUAAUAAAAGCAUUGAGGGAUGAAGGAGAGUAUGCUGUAGCUGAUGGGAUUGAUAGAGAAAAUAUUGAUGUACUUAAGAUCAAUGAUGAAGUACAAGAAACACUCACUGAUACACUGCUUGAUAUUAGAGAUCUUGCUAUAGUCCUUCAAGAAUUAACAUCAAAUCAACAGUUUGAUUAUGCUAAUUGGAAAUUUUUGGGUCUCUACUUAGGAUUAUACCAACCUACACUAAAAGCAAUUGAAAUAAACUGCAGAGGACAAGUGAAGGACUGUCUAAUAGAGUGUAUAUCUUUCUGGCUAAAGGGAGAGGAUGGAGUAAGAGAUACAAGAGGAGGUGGAUCAAACUGGAUAUCAUUAGUAGCAGCACUAGAUGUAAUGGGAGAGAGGGAGGUUGCUAAUAACAUUAGAAUGAAGUAUCAUUUGCCAGGUUAG